AUGCGAGACCGCAGCUUUAAGGAUGAAGACUUAGUUGAUGGUAAACUUCCACCAGAAAAAAAGGGAGAAGGUGAUACCAAUCCCAAGAGUGAAGGAGAUGCGGCAGCCUCUCAAGGAGUGAUACCUGGAAUUAUAAGUGCUGUGGCUGUAGCAGUUGUUGGAGCAGUAUCUAGCUUCAUUGCUUACCAGAAGAAGAAACUCUGUUUCAAAGCAAGUGGAGAUCAAGAGAAUGUUAAUAUGGAAAGUCAGCAAGGAGCACAUGCAGAGCCACCUGUUCAGCGAACACUUCUGCAGAAAUAGUCCAAGGAAACUCAAGGUGAAGAAAAGAUGAGCAAAACUGGAUAGAAAACCUGCAUAUCUGCCUGAAAAAAACACAAUGUAAACAGCAGGGGCUUGAGUUUCAAAAUUGCAUGAAAAAAAAAUGUAGUCCUGUUGAAAUAUCCUCGGAAAGGAUGGGAGGGAUGUUUUCAAAUACCUGAGCGUUUUUCUGUGGUUAGCCCUGUGAAGCGCAGUGUUGCCCACUGACAAUUGGCCUUAAAAUAGUGAUGUUCUGAAACAACUUGUGCCUUUUAAUUCUCAACUCUGCUCUUGUGGCAAGAACUAUCGCUGGUGUAUAUCUGAACUGACUAUUAUUCUGGCUAGCCCCUUUUCCUUACCCCUUAAAAAAAAAGAACAGUAGAUCUGUUAAUGUACCAUUACUUAGACGCAGCUCUAACAUUGUACCAUUGUAUGGGUACAUCUACACCACCCUCAACAGGGAGCCUCCCACUCUGGGCUGACAGACUUGGGCUAGCAAGGCUCACGCUAGUGCUCUUAAAAAUAGCAGUGGAGGCUGUGCUUUGAAGUUGCAGCCCAGGCUAGUGGUCGGGCUCUGAAGCUUAGAGAAGUGGGUGGGCUCCAAAGCAGGAGCUCCAGCCCAUGCUGCGAUG